AUGAUAUGCUUGUAUUGUCCAGAAAUUCUUCCUACCAUUAGAUCGUUAGAGAACCAUUGCAGUAAAGUACACAAUCAAGGACUAAUUUACGAAUGUUUCACUUGCAAUAAACGCUUUUCAUCUAUAAUCGAUCGUAGAUUACAUUUACGUCAAAAUCACAGCGGUUCUAUUAUCGUUUGUAAAUAUUGUAAAGAGUCUUUAACUAACGAAAUAAAAGCGAAUAUGCACAUUUUAAAUUGUACUGCAAGAUUAAAAAUAAGUUACGAAUGUUUUACUUGUAAUGACCAGUUUGAAACGACGAACGAACGGAAACACCAUUUACUUUUAAUACAUGAAUCUUAUUCACAAUACUGUGAAGAACAGGACGAAAUAAUUUGUGUAAUUGAUUCGGAAAAUGAUUUCGAUGAUGAUCUUUUGAAACCACUUCACUCUGAUUAUGAAGAUAUUUGCAAUGAUAUUGAAACGUUCGAGGGUACAACAAGUACUCCAAAUGAAAGUCUUUAUUACAGUAUUCGAGAUGAUGUACAGUCUAAACAAAGAUCGCCAAAAUGGUGCUCGUAUUGCCCCACUCAAUUUGAUACCAUUUUUGGAUUAAUAUCACACACAAAAAAGGUGCACAAUACUUUAUUAAUACAUGAAUGUUAUAGUUGCGAUAAAAUUUUCCAUUGUGUAAGCGAUCGACAAAUUCAUAUGCGUAAGGUGCAUGGUGUAACAAAAAAAGGAAAUAUCAUGUGUAAAUAUUGUCAAAUGAUCUCUCUAGAAUCUAACAUGAUUAUACAUUAUUUUCAAUGUAAAAGAGAAUAUUGGUUAAAAACUGGUGGUUUGAAUGAAAAUGUAUGCGCAAGUUCAAAUGACGAUGUGGAUAAUACUCAUAUCUUAACUCAUAAAGAUACAUCUAGCGAUUCUAAUGAAGUAACCGAUGAUGAAAUGACUGAAAUUGUUAAUCAAUCGCAAAAUACUGAACCAGAUUCGGAAAUAUUAAAUCAAUCUUCAGAUUUUUCGUCUUCUUUAUCUCAAUUGUAUUCUACUUACGAUUUGACAGUAUGCAAAGUGGUAUUGAAAGACGUGUUUAAAUGUAGUGAGAUGGAUUAUGACGAAACUAGUGAAAUUUGUGAAAGUAAUCAUAAUGAUGAAUCUAAUGAGAAUGAAGAUGAAGAGGAUAAUGAAGACGAAGAUAUACUGAAUAGUUCGGAAGGAAACAAAUCUGGAUCGAUGAUUAAAGUUAGUUUUAAAAGUACAAAAUUAAAUGAAUCUCAAAAUAAUGAUGGACGACAUAUUUUAAUCCAUCAACAAAUAAUUUUGAUGCCUGAAGCAAAUGGUGAUAAAUAA